UUGAUUGUGAGGUGCAGCUGUAGUUCGUUUGUGCUUUGUGUGUUCGUGUUUGUGUUGACGAUCAAGAGGCCGGGCAUCGAAAGUCCAAUGUUCUGCAGUAUCCCCUAGCCCCUUGAGCCCACCAAAUUUUUGGAAUAGCGGAGCUGAACAAUUGAACUGAGUCGUGACACGAUCAUCAACAAAUUUAAUGGAAGAAAGAUAACCUGGUUGUGUACAAAUUCACUGGCAUAUCGAUGUCGUAGGCUGAAUUUUCUUUGCUGUGAAAGUCUACUACCCUGACACAGCCACGUAGGAGUGCUGGAUGAUAUUGAGCAGGCUGGCUGCGUACCUGUUUUCCGUUGUUGCGUGUGGGUUUGCCGUGUGGGUUACCUUGGCUCUGGCGAGUCACUCUCAUCUGCCAGGAGCGACGUCAGUGCAAUUGCAGUGAGAAAACAGACGAUGGAGAAACCGGCGGAGCUGCGUAAACCAGCAAGAAGAUCGUCGCGGCGACUAUCACGCAACGCUCAAGAAAUGCCGGAGGCGAUGGAUCAGUCUUGGCCGUCAGCACCCGCAGGCAGUCGCAAGCGAGUGUCGGUGGAGGAUGACAAUGCUUUGCUUUUAGAGCCUUCCGCCAAGCGACAAUGCCAACAGUACGGUCUGACCUCGUUGUCCAUGGGUCAACCGGCAUCGUCUCUGCUAUCAGAGGUGGAAUUGGGCGAGUUGGCACCACCACCCUCGCCACCACCAGCAAUGCCCCAGGCAACACUACCUUCACUGCAACCAGCAGCAGACCAGUCGCCACCCACACCGCUAGCACAUCCACCACCAGCAGCAGCACAAGUGCUACCACCGACACCAGCACCAGCCCGAACAACCGCGCCCAUACUCCGCCGACGCCUGGACCUCAACGGCAUCGAGACUUGCGAGGACUUCAUACGGAAGUUUGGCAAGCCGCCUCUGCAGCUGCUUAACGAAGUCCUGAACACUAGCACGUACCAGGUGGUGUGGGAGGAGGAGCCCAAAACGCCGAGGAGUCCUCUUCAUGGCAUUGUGGCCAGGGUGAACGGCAAGGAUUUCUCUGGAUUCAGCGCUCGCAAGCAGGACGCCAAGCACCGGGCGGCUCUGGCCGUGCUCCUGGACUGCAAUGCGGCACGCCACACAGCAGCUGGUGGCGAUGUCUCCGCGUCCCAUGGCAUGAUGGUUACACAGCGCGGCGGUUCUGGUAUGGGCGGUGAGAAAGCUGUGUUGAGUCCAGACUCUCACUCUGCGUAUAUUUUACCCCAUUCUCACGCUCCGUCUAAUCCCCUGUCGUCACCGUCUCACUCUUCAUCCGACUCCUUGUCGCCGCAGCCGGCUCAGAGGGUUGCCCCGCCUGUGCCGGUCCCCGGCAGGGUGUCGCACCCGUCACAGAGUCCGCUGGGCAUGCUGAACAACCUCUGUCAGGGAAAGGAGUGUACGUCUACGGUGUUUGACGACGGCGGGAUGGCUACGACCACACCUCAGCAGCGUUUCCGUGCCGAGCUCCGUGUGCUCGGGAAUGACAUUGUAGCAAACGGACCCAACAAGAAGGCGGCACUGCAAGCUGCCGCAGCCUCCGCCCUUGACACGGUGUUUAACAUUAACUACCAUAGUGCUUGCAGAGGGAGUUCACGUGCCAUUCCCGAGUCUGCAUCAGUUCGUCGCAAUGCCAGUCCGGUGUUUCCCCAGACAACGUUACAGGCAAGCAUUGCGUCGGCGAUUUCCGAGCUCCGUUCGUCCGCCGGGAAUGGACGCCAUUGCGAGGGCUCUCCGCCUUCUGGGCUGCUCGCUCAAGGGAGAAGCGGUCGUCUGCAGCAAGUCGCUCAGAGUCCGCUCGGAGUCCUGAACACGCUGUGCAGCAAGUACGCAUCCAACGUCGUCGACACCGACCCGAACGGCGCUCCGUCCGAGGACCGUUUCCGCGCAGAGCUCUGUGUGCGUGGCAACGACAUCACUGGCACGGGCCGUACGAAGAAACUGGCGUUGCAGGAGGCAGCGGCCUCAGCCCUGCGUAAAGUGUUUAACGUGAAUCCGAGCUUUGCUGCCGAUGCCGGUAUAGCCGAUGAUCGUAUGGACGACAGUGAUAUCGACAUUGCCGCCGAUAGUCCCAUCGUGGCCGUGUGUGAAGAGAAGUAUGCUGAGCUAGUGGCGUCCCUGCCACAACCGUUGACCGGCCGAUCUCACUUUGCUGCCGUUGUGCAGAGGCAAGCUGGCAGUCUGGGUGAUGAGUAUUCAGUGGUUGCUAUGGCCGGUGGUGGAGCAGUCGCCGGAAUCGACUCAAGUUCAAACGACGGCGGUGGUGGCAAACCAGGCGCGGACAACGGUAGCGCAGCGGACACCGAUCUGGAGUCCAUCCGCGACUACCACCCGGAAGUACUCGCUAGGCGUGCGUUUGUGCGCUAUCUCUACCUGCAGCUGAAUCUUCUGCUGGCUGAUAGGCAAUCAUCGCAGGACAGGUUUGGUUCAAAUCACGAUGGUAUGAUGCGAGUGGUGCAAAGGAUGAACGAGUCCAUAUUCAAGGAGCUGGCACUGGAACCGGGGAAAUUCCGAGUACGUGACGGCGUUGAGUUUCACUUCUACACCAGCGCUCCGCCGUGUGGCGACUUUGCAUGUCGAAUGGCAAUGCCAUCACCCGCGUUGUCGGCAUUGCCAUUAUCACCGUUGUCACCAACUUCCGAGCACAUCAGUGCUCCUGAUCGUCUUCGUAUCAAGGGCAUAAACACAGUGGGAACCAUGCCAAGCCUCGAUAAGCUACCACAUCGGCACUACCAGCAGCAGCGUCCGAAAGACCAGCCAGCCAAGCGCUCCAUGUCCUGCUGGGACAAGAUGAUGCGCUGGCAGACGCUGGGCGUACAGGGCGCCCUGCUGGCUCGCACCAUCCAGCCCGUACGCUUCACCUCCAUCGUCACGGCAACCAGCGUCACCCGCGACCCGUCCACCGUAUCGCUGGAGCGGCGCCUGGCCCAGCUUCAGGUUCCGUCGCCGUACUCUCCCGUCGUCCCACAAUGCGUAUUGCACAUCAGCCAGACGGCGCAGCGAAACAUCUCGCGCAACUGCUCGCUCUCGUUCAACUGGUUUCCCGGUAACCCCGUCGGCACGGAUACCGAGUGCAUUGACCUGGAGACCCGGCGGACGCUGGAUGGGGUUCCGAGCCUGCGCCUCAGCCGACAGGCGUUCUUCAUGCUGCACUGCCGUCUGCACUAUGAGCUUGCGCGCUGUGAUCUUGUGGGCAGUAGUAGCCCUGCGUCUGACUUGACGUACGGUGAGGCUAAGAAACAGGACGAGGGCUACUGCACGGCGCGGCGUCAGUUCCUGGCAUGCGCUGAGCGUCGUCUUGGCAGCUAUUGGACUCACACGUGGACGUGACGGGUUUCCGUGGCUUGGCUUUCCGACGACGUCAGCAGUAUCACCGAGUCGACGCUCUAGCAAUGGUGAGAACUCGCCAUCAGCUGUAUUCGAUUAUCCAGCCGUGGUAGUAGUUUGUCUUGUGGUCACCCAGCCGUGUGCGAUAACUUUUGUUGUGGUCACCUAGCCGUGUGUGUGUGUGUGUGUGUGUGUGAUAGUUUCUGUUGUGUUGCCCUUUGCAUGCCUAGGCCGUGUGCAGUGUGUGAAUACAUAUAGUAAUGGUACUUGAGUUGUCUUCUCACUGCAGAAAUCAAUCCACAUUAUUAUCCGAACCAACGGCGAAGAGACGGUAACUUUCAUCCGUAGGGUUGAGUACAAAAAUACCGAUUGCAUGACGCCAAACCUUUUUCGAGCGGCAGAGUGUUAGGAAGAUUUGAAUGACUUCACAUAGUUGUUGACUAGAUCACCACCCCACGUUUCAGAUAUCACCAAUGAAUCCAUGAUAGUCUGAUGCUGUUUUGUGUGCUUUUGUGUGCUUUAAAUUUUUUAAUUUUUGUCUUUGCUCUACAACCGAGUCUAUCAGGUAUUUUUGUUGUGGUUUUAGGGUUCUAGCAAGCAUUCUUUUGGUGUGAGUCAUUCAACACGUUAGUCAGCUGGCCUGCUGGAUUGGCUGCUUGUUUAGUCCGUCCAUCCAGUCCAUGUUUCUAUUCCACGUACUUGUAUGCAGUUACUAAGUACUUAGUACUUAUUCAGCUCCUAGAAUGGUCUCGUCUCGUUCCA